AUGAGCACAACUACGACUAAAGUUGAAGAAUACGAUUUGUCUUUAGAAGUGAUAAUACGGAAAUUUAUUCUCAAUGCCAGAGUUACUAAAAUAAACAAGCGCGAACUAUUGACUUUAGAUAAUCCUAAUUAUGAACGGCUUUUAAGUGAAUAUCAGCACUUGAGAGGUGUUACUAUCGAUGACAUGACCGAUGAUAGAAAUUUACCUGUACAUUUGAUAAUUGGCGCGAACGAAUAUGUCAAAAUCUGCACGCAAACCCAGGCACGAAUUGGUAGACAAGGCGAACCAGUCGCUGAAUUAACGCGUUUUGGCUGGGCUAUAAUGGCACCUGGAGACGGAGCCGAUCAUAAAACCGGGUUUCUCGCAGUCAACACUACCACUGACUAUGACCGUUUGUGUACUCUUGACGUGCUUGGUUUGGAAGAUUCAUCCCCCGGCGAUCAGGGGGAGGUCUACAAGGAAUUUCGUGAGCAGCUGACCCGCCAUCCAGUCGAAGGCUGGUACGAGACCAACCUAACGUGGAAAGGCAACCACCCACCGCUACCAUCCAAUCGCUCUGGCAGCCUCACUCGUAUGAAAAGCCAAAUCAAUAAAUUGAGACGAGACUGA